GCGGAAGUGACGCAUGGCCUAGCGGACGUGACUGCAGCCACGGUGUCGUGCUGUGACGAACGAAGGCUGCAUUGUAAACGCCGGAGCGAGGUUCGACCUCCCCCGAAUUCGCUGCUGUUCGGAGACCCGCCGGUGAAGACACCAUGGCCAUGUCUGACCAAGAGGUGAAACCUUCAACUGAGGACUUGGGUGAUAAGAUAAAAAAUGAAGAUAUUAAAGUCAAGGUCAUUGGACAGGAUAGCAGCGAGAUUCACUUCAAAGUGAAAAUGACAACACCUCUCAAGAAACUCAAGGAAUCGUACUGUGAGAGACAGGGCGUUCCAGUGAGUUCCCUCAGGUUUCUCUUUGAAGGUCAAAGAAUUGCUGAUAAUCACACUGCAGAGGACCUGGGAAUGGAGGAAGACGAUGUGAUUGAAGUUUAUCAGGAACAAAUGGGGGGUCAUUCAGCAGUUUAGACAUUCUUUUUUAUUACUAUUUUUUCUUUUCGCUCAAUCCUUUUUUUUAAAAAAUAGUUCUUCUGUGCCGUGAUGUUCAAAACAGGCACUCCAUCUCUUUAAAACAUCUGCUAAUUUGAAUUCUAGUGCUCAUUAUUCAUUAUUGUUUGUUUUCAUUAUGCUGAUUUCUGGUAAUCAAGCCUCAGUCCUCUUCAUGUUGCCCACUCCUUUUAUAAAAAUAUCGUGUGCCCAGAGAGGCCAGCUUUUUCAGAACUCUGCAUUUUCAGGCGGUAAGAUCGACCAACGCAACUGUUCAUAAUGACUUUCCAGUUGGCCCUGAUGUUCAAGCACGUGGCUGCUUCACUCCUGAACUGUGACUUUUGGUGGGAGAUGGAAGUUUUUUUUUUUUUAGAGAACUGAGCUGUGGAAAAAUGACCUUUCCUUAACAACUUGAAGCUACUUUUAAAAUUCGAGGGUCUGGACCAAAAGAAAAGAAGCAUCAUGUUAAGAUGAUAGAUAAGGAUGACAGUAACGAUUAACUCUAAAGAUGGCUUCCAUGAAGAAAAAGCAUUUGAAGAUUUUUUUUUUAAUCUUGUCGGAAGAUCCCAGAAAAGUUCUAUUUUUCAUUAGCAAUUAAUAAAGCUAUACAUGCAGAAA